GGGUUUAGAGUAGGGACGUCCAAAGGAAUCGAUAACCUGAAUACAAGCACAGUCCCGUUGAAAUCGUGAGUGCGUCACCCAUGCGUGCGCGUUCGCGAGCACUUCAUAGAUCUAUCAUUAACCGGAUACUACUUGAGAUAGCGGAGGUUCCAGGACGACUAGCUACGAGAAAAAGGCUCUGUCAUCUAAAACGUGUUUGCCGAACAUUGUAAAGUAUCACCUGAUCUUUUAACCGGCCUUGUUGCUUCCUUCGACAGGAAAACGUGAUACACGUGUUUAUUUUAUGGGAAUAAGCUAUAUGGAAUGAGCAAUAACUCAUGAUGCACGAGCUGCUGCUUGAAAGCAUAGGAAACUUGCUAUAUGGCUAACGUUAGCUAGCUAGGAACGGUUAAUUUAUAGUAAAUACACAGUGCUCUAUAUUGAAUCAACAUGGCACACAAUAUUAUAACGCAAAUUGGACAACUCUGUAAUUAUCUCCAAGACCCGAUUCAUGUAGCACGGUUUCAGCAGAUUUGCGGUGUGAGCGGGACGUUUUCAAGGAACCCAGCAGAGACCAAAGAAGUGGAACGAGCUCGCUUGCACAACAACAGCAUUAGCGAUCUCCAGGGUGAAAAUGAGAAAUGUACUGUCAACGGAGGAGAAGGGGAGAAAACCAAGAGUCUCCGGCAGAGAAAAGUCACCUCGCCGGGGAACAGUUUGAAACAGGAAGGAGUAGUCAAUGAUUCUCAGAACGGGUCAGUGGUAACUCCUGCGGGGAAAACGGCCGGGCACAUCGGGAGCGGUUGCCGCCUCGCAAGAUCCAGUGAUGUCGGGGUACGGGACCUCAAAGAAAACGGCUCAAGUGGCGUCAACGGGUCCAGGGUAGAAUGCACCUCUGAGACACCUGAUGAACGGCUUAGUGAGGACCCCGGUCCUAAGACUACUGUCAAGCCGCUGCGCAAAAAUUCCCUGACAGGCGAUGUGGGCCAGGAGUUUUUAAUCGAGAACAAGUUUUUGUACUACCUGUUCACCUUAGGAACUGAGCUGGGCAACGAGCUGUUUUACAUCACCUUCUUCCCGUUCAUCAUAUGGAACGUGGACGCUUAUGUAAGCCGGCGUCUGAUCGCCAUCUGGGUUUGGGUCAUGUACCUUGGCCAGAGCACUAAGGAUGUCAUUCGAUCGUCCAGGCCAGCCUCACCGCCCGUGGUCAAGGUGGAGAUGUUCUACAACUCUGAGUACAGUAUGCCCUCUACACACGCCAUGUCAGGCACGGCCAUUCCCUUCUCACUGUUACUGCUGACCUAUGGCCGUUGGGAGUACCCCUUCAUGUUUGGGUUCACUCUGGCAAUGUGCUGGUGUGUGCUGGUCUGCAUAAGCCGCAUCUACAUGGGUAUGCACUCCAUCCUGGAUGUCAUUGCUGGCUUCCUGUACAGCCUCCUGAUCCUGGUGGUAUUCCGGCCAGCACUGGACCUGAUUGACAACUUCAACCUGACAUACCGCUACGCCCCCCUCAUCAUCAUCUCCCUGCACCUGGGCAUGGGCCUCUUCUCCUUCACCCUGGACACCUGGAGCACCUCACGGGGCGAUACCGCUCAAAUCCUGGGCACUGGUGCUGGCGUGGCCCUAGCCUCCCACCUUAACCACCACCUUGGCCUGAUGCCCGACCCCCCGCUGGACCAGCUGCCCCUAACCCCCCCGGCUCUCAGUGCCGCCCUGCUGGCCGUAGCCAUGCUGAGGAUGUGUCUGGGCGUCCUGGUGCUGCUGGCCAUCAGGGCCCUCAUGAAGGCCAUCACCAUCCCUCUGGCCUGCCGUAUCUUUGGCAUCCCCAGUGGAGACGUAAGAAAGGCCCGGCAGCACAUGGAGGUGGAGCUGCCCUACAGGUACAUUGUGUACAGCAUGGUGGGCUUCAGCACCCUCUUCCUGGUGCCCCAGCUCUUCACCUACCUGCAGCUGUCCUGAUGAGAGAGCCCUGUGGAUCCCCCAGUCCCCUGUCCUCACCCCUGCUCAUCUAAAACCAAGCCCAUAGGAACAUGGGAAAUUCACACCUUACAUAUCCUGUACAUCCACCUCCUAUACCACUAACCUUUGUCCCUGCCAGUUCUAAUGACAGAAACCUCUUAUCAGGGAACUCCUAUAGACAGAUUUGACAGGAUGUCAGCACUGAUUACUAAAUCCUAUUUGCUUUAUCUUACUUCAAUUGUUUUUUGUCAAUCAGAAUUUGACCUCUGUUUAUCUUAAUUUCCCAUUUUAUGGUCUCAAUUUGAAAGGAAACGCACUAAUGAUUUUGGGCAUCAGAGCAAGUUAUGGAUCAACUAGACUAAUAAUUCUCUCUAUUAUUAGUCACCCCUUCCCCAACCGUAUAUACAUAGUCUAUCCUGAGUAUUUAUUUAAAAUACUUUCCCUGCUUUUUUGUACUUGGGAGAAAAUGAGGAUUCAAUUCUAAUCUGAUCAUUUCAGUCUGCGUCCUGGUUGUGUUCUCUUAUCUAUUUUUCUAAAGGGCUCUUUUUAUCUAUUAUUAUUGAAGAUGAUCUGUUGAGGUUUGAAUAAAUAGAUUUUUACUCUGUACUGAUGAGAGAAAAGCCAUGACUGGGGCUAGGCACAUGAUGCAGUGGUGUCACUGUGGGAUAUAUAGAGGACAGGACAUUAGCCCUAUAAGUCAGAGGGUUAAAAGUGGGAUUGUUUUGAGCGUCAGGAGGACUUGGCUCAGACACACAGUGAGGAACUUCCUGUUUUAUAGGAGGGGAUGCACCUGACUGCACGGAAUCACUUCCUGCGGGUCUCGUGUUUGGAGGGGCCAAGGGAGGAUUAGAGGAGAUAACACCAACCCCAAGGGUAAAUAACUAUAGGAGCUAAGUUCUGCUUAAAUGCAGGUUCUGGAAGUCUUUCGUUCAGAAACAUUACUUGCAUUCACAGAGGGAUUUCACAUGGAAAGCCCCUCAACAGUAACUAAGCUAGUCAGUUUAUCUUCCAGUUGUACUUUAAUGAACACUGGCAACUCUUUUCUCUCACUGUAUGUUUCAUCCCCUUGUUUCUUUGACUAGCACAAUGAAGAUUCUCUCUUCGUCAUGUCCCCCCAACCGUACUCCCUCUCUACCUUCCUUUGCAUCCUUCCUUUGUUCCAAGUCCAUAGUGACUGGACUAGAUCCACAGGCACUGAAGAGUGUAAAGUUACUCUUAACUCAGUGUUCUUACUAUAUCUCUUUCCAGAAGUGACCAAGGCUUUCACUGCUUUAAUGAGGUACAUAAUAUAGUAUAGGUAUACUAUCAUAGCAUUGUUAUUUUGUCUGGCUAAUUGAUUUGUUUUUUAUUGUUUUUAACAAAAGAAUAGUGCUGACUGGAAGAAUGCCAGCAGUUUCCCACUAGCAGAGAAAAGACUGAAAGGACUGGAGCCCGUUGCUGUGCUGAUCACACUGAUAUAGGUAUACUGUAGGUAUAUCUAUUAUUGGAAAAACAAUAUUGUUCCUGGACCAACUGUCAUAACAACUAUCUUGGCCCACAGGGGCAGAGGCUUGAUAAGAAAGCUAUACUGUACAUCCUAGUGUGAUUAUGGAAUACAUAUGAUAUAUAGAUGUCUAUAGUACUGUCCUAAUAGAAACCCAGCUAGCACAUAUUGUUCCUUGUAAGUGGUGGGAACGUAUGUUUUUGGGAACGAAGCUAUGUGUUUCCUGACUGUUAAAACGGACGCUUUUUUUAAAACAUUCUGAGAACAGAAGUGAAAGUUUUGCCUGUUCUGGGAACUUUUAUUUUUAGGUUGCAUGGAGGUUCUGAAAACAUUUUACUCUGGUUCCUUAAGUUUUCCUGGGAGGUUUUA